AUGGCUCAGGAGAUCAACGAGUCAAUUAUCGAGCAUACUGCAAAGCAACAGCAGCUCCAGCAGCACGCGUCGUCGAGGGGGCCUACGGCGGACUAUCUCAUCCACCGUCGGCCUGCGAAAUCCGAACCGACAACAGUCACCACCUUCCUCACCGACUUCCAAACCACCUGCACCCACGGCCACUACCGUUAUUUCGGCUACAGCGACCCAUGCGCCACCCACACGCAAUCAGCGCCAACGUGGACACCCUCCACCCCCAUCUCCACCUUUGCUGGAAAUCCACGGCCGCAGAGUGCGCCGCCAGAGUACGCAUCGCAUGACGGCAACGCUGACAUUGGCGUGGAAGGUGGAAAUCUAGUACUGGAAUACGCAUCACAAGAUGGCGGCGCCGGCAUGGGUAGUGGGGGAGAGGGAAGUCUACCGCCGUACUCACCACCGCGGCCGGAGCCACCAGCUUACUUUUCGCCGAGACCCACAGCUGCAGUACCGGUGUAUUCUCAGUCGAGGCGUGCAUCUGCAGUGGCAGUUCCGGUUACCUCAGAUCCGCUGUCGGAGCCGCCGGAGUAUUCUUCCCAGAGACCGGCGGAGGAACCUGAGGAACCUGAGGAACCUGAGGAACCUGAGGAACCUGAGGAACCUGAGGAACCUGAGGAACCUGGGGAACCUGGGGAACCGGAGGAACCGGAGGAACCGGAGAAACCGGAGGAACCGGAGGAACCGAGGGCACCGGGGGUACCUGGGGGCGUGGAUAUGAGGGCUACCGUGGUGACAGUGACGGAUGUGGGAGAUAGGUUUGACCUAGAGGCCGAGGAUGGAGGGGCUUGA